AUGGCGGCGGGGAGGCUGCCGGCGCUGCUGCUCCUCGCCCUGCUGAUGGGCGGCACGGCGGGACCCGGCGCUUGGGCAGCGCGGAGCCGGGGCGCCGAGAAGCAAAACAGCCUCCGCCGCGCUGCCAGCGGUCUCUACCAGGGCGUCAGCGGCCUCUUCGGCGAGGACAACGUGCGGGCCCUGCAGAAGUUUUUCUCAAGGUUGACAGAGAGGUUUGUGAAUGGGGUGGAUAUAUUAAUGGACACAUUCUGGAGAAUAUGGACUGAUUUGUUAGAUGUUCUUGGAAUUGAUGCCUCCAACUUGACUCAUUAUUUCAGCCCAGCGGCAAUUGCCAACAGCCCGACCCGUGCCCUUCUGCUGAUUGGUGCCAUUUUACUUGCCUAUUGGUUUUUAUCUCUCUUCCUUGGAUUCUUCUUCUAUCUCCUGCACAUGCUGUUUGGUCGCUUUUUCUGGAUUGCGAGGGUUGCCCUUUUCACUCUCUCGUGCGUGUACAUCCUCCAGAAGUAUGAAGGUGAUCCAGAACACGCAGUCCUGCCUCUCUGCUUUGUUGUAGCGGUCUACUUCAUGACAGGGCCAGUUGGAUUUUAUUGGAGAAGAAACAGCAACAGCAGUCUUGAGGAGAAGAUGGACCACCUCGAUAGUCAGAUCAGACUUCUGAACAUACGUCUUUCUAGGGUGAUUGAAAACCUGGACAGAGGCAGUGACCCGUGACCCAACCCCUAUAGACCACUGUACACCAGCUCUAGAAAAUUCCUAAGCACUGUCUCAUUCGAAGUUACAAAGCAACAAAACAUCACAUGGUAAAAAGUGUGCAAAGUUAUAACUUUUCAUCAUGUGUAAGACUAAUCUAUCUAGAUUAUACACUCAGCCAUUAUACUUGUAGGAAAAAAAAAAACAUUUGAAAAAUUCAGCUGUAUCUUCAGAGAGUUUUAUCCAGUACUAGAAUUUUCUCAGUAGAUAAACGCUUACUUUUACAAGCAUUUAAAAACAUCUUUUGUAAAGUUUUUAUAAAAGCAAAUUGAGUAGUCUUUCAAAUAUUGAAAUUGAGCUAAACAUAUGCAAAUUUGACACUUAAAAAGUUAAAAAGAAAAAAAAAAACUCAAGCUACCAAACACUUCCAUUGAGAAGUAACUGCUGUGGGUCCGCAUUUUUUUUUCAAGGUUGCGAAUGUUUUUAUUUUAUUGUUGGCUUAUUUCAUUGCCUUGAAGUUGCCUUUCAUAGAGUAUCAGAUGAGGAAUUUUCUGGUAUCCAGGCCAAAAAAUUCACACCAUAGCUUUUAAUAGGAGGUGGGGAAUAAGGGAGAAGGAAGAUUUCGUAAAUUUGAAGUCCUUAAAUGCCAGUCCAAGACGAGGAAUUGAGAAGUGCACGUGUGGCAUUAUUUCAUUGCAUUUCAUCUUGAGAACUUUAAUUUGGUGUCUGAAAGGAAAUCUGUUUUAAUAAAUUGACACAAAGGGAAGAGAUGUAGCGUGGCAAAUUAUAAUUCAUAUUUGAUCUUCACAGUGAAGCAUUUUCCAAGCAUAAGUGUAGAGAAUAAACCAUGAUUUUUAAUCUCAGGACCCACGUACUUUCUCAAAAAAGGCAGCAGUUAAAACACUUGCAAAUGUAUUGUUGCUUAAAGCUUUCUCAGGACCAAUAAGCGGCAAUAAAUUAUCUUCAGGAAGAUCUGGAUUUUUUUCUAAAAUUGUAAUAGUUUUAUAGGAGCUUUUUGCUUGAAGUCUGUGUCCUCACUAUAUUGGAUUUUGGGGAAAGUGAGUCACCUUAUGAGAAGGGUAUAUUAAACAGUCGUAUUUCAAAGUGAUGUAGGAGCUUUGAAGCGAUUUUAUUUUGAAGGAUUCUAUGUAUUUGUAACCUUAGAAUUAACUAGCUUGGUAGACUACCACUGGCUUUGUAAGGUUUGGUGAAAUGCAUUGAAACAAAGGUAACCUCAGGGAAGAAAGUCCAGUAAGAGGUUUAACUUGGUAACCUAUAGCAUUCAAGGAUAUAAAUGGGGGGAGGGAGGGGAAGCAUCUAAACCAUAGUGAUGAGCACAGUAUCAAUACCAUGAGAGGUAAAAAGGAUCACAGCUGAAGAGCUACGUAUUCCGUAAGGUCUAAACGAACAAAGAACAAAACGCAACAAAAAUUGGUCCGUGAUAGGGACUGGCUAAAAAGGAAGGGGAACAAAUAGGAAUCGGUGAUCCGCGUGCUGUUGCUUCGCCUGCGAGCGCCGGCUCCAGCAGGACUGGCCAGGGGCAGCUGAGCACAGCUUGGCCCUUGGUCUUCGGCUUCUUGUUUCAUUGGGUAGAGCGUUUGUUGGAUGUGACGCUUAACUGAAUGUAACUGCGGGGUGAAUUUAUUUUUCCCUUUAUGCUGAAGUUUAAUACUCUUCUUAAAAUGUGUGUUACUUGCCGAACCUCUUUUGGGCUGUAUGUGACAUUUACAUGAGGGAUUAUUUUAAAAUCCAUGUUAACGGCCUUUACUCCGAACUGUGAUCACUUGAGUUCAACACGGUUGAAGUUCAUAUGCAGUUGGCACUGUUAUAAUCCAUUUUAAUUUUUUUAUGUCAUCUGUAAAUCCCCCUGCACCCCAUUUUUCAAGAAAUACACAUUUAGAGUUGCAAAGUAACUGCUUUUCAUACCUUAAAAUCUUUCCCAUGAACAGAUAAGUACUAUGGCAACAAAUAGUCCGCUUUGUAAAGCUGAAAGUGUAAAUUACAGUAUAUUCCUUUUUGCAGCUCAUUUUCCAUAGUAUUACAGAGUCUUCCCUGUAAACUGUUGUGCACGGAGGACUGGGCUAAAACACCACCCUGGAAAUUAGGGAUUGAUUAGCAAAGCUUGUCAGGUCUUUGUGUGUUUUGCUAAAUUUGAGGCCUGAGGACCAAAGUUUGCAAACCUUGCUCGUGUAAGCAGCUCCACCGACUUCCAUAGGACUAUGUGCAUGAGUCAGUUUUGCAUAGAUCGUAUUUUAUGUAAUCCAUAUUUAAUGUUGAAGUUAAAAAUACUGAAUCGUUUAUAUAUUAAGAGUUGUCUAUGAUAAAGAUUUCUUUUAAAGUACUAUAUAAAAGUUAAUUUGGAUUAUAGUUUCUCCCUGUCUCGCUCUAAUCAUUUAUCUUAGUUUUGUAAAAUCAGCGCUCCUAUAGUAAUACUCUUAAUUUUGAUCACCCUGCUGCUUGAAAAAAAGUAUUUUUGUAUUUACUUGCAUCCCAUGUAUAGCAAAAUGUUAUGUGAAAAGCGGUAUAUAUAAAAUUGGAUAUUUUUAAUCAGUAUUUUUCCCAGCGCUCAGUUUUCACGUUAGUUGAAUUCAGAAGUAAUGAUUUUUUUUAAAGCACAAUCUAAUCUUCAAUAUAUAUACUUUAAAAAUGCUCUGUAUUUUUAAAUAUGCACUGUAGUGAAAGCGCUUUUUGGACAUGAAUGUGGUAUUGUAUUUAAGCUCUUUCAACUUUUGUAAAUACCUCUUACAAAUAUUUCCCAUACCAAGUCAUCUAGUUUAUCCAUCGAGGUUUUUGCUCUGUUUUUUAGAACUCGUUCAGUGACAGUGGUUGCACUGCUUUUGUAUUGCCAUUGAUAGGAGCAUCUCGUACGAAUUCAGAGAGGCGUGCAGGUGUCGCCUUGUCACCCGCGGAUAAACCGAGACGCAGAAUUUGACAGACUUGCCCGACUCGGUGGCAGAAAUGGGAAUAAACCCCAGAUCUCGCAGCUCCCAGCCUUUUGCUCUGACCGCUAGACAGCUUAAUGGAAGGUGGGUAGCAGCAUCUAUGCACUCCUCUGACCGCCGCCUUCCCUCGGCGUCGGACCUGCUGCGAGCUGCUGGUGAAGUGGCACGGCUUACCUGAGGGGCAGCCGGGUGGGGGCACGCGCCCCGUCCGGCCUCCCCUCCGCAGGCUGCCCGUCCGCAGUGCUCCCCAUUUAUUGACCUUCCCGUUUGCAGUGGCUACUUGAAAGAACGUCGGUCGCCCUGCGUAACCGGCUGACGUAACCGUUCCAGAUGGGCUUCGGGCUGUCCAGUAUCAGAAAUCCCGGUAGGGUCUUCAGCGUUUUAAACUUCGUACUUUCAGACCUAAUAUUUGAAACUACUGUAGUAUUUUCAAUACGUUCAUGUUUUUGCAAAACUAACAUCCGUAGCAGUUUCUUUGAAAGUACACGCCUCACCUAUAGAUAACUGAUCUGUCGUAUUCGGGACGUAAUGCUUUUACAAGUGGUAUUGGGUGUCAGAGUACAAUGUAUAAAAUCUGGUGUAACUCAGUGCUGUACUUAAUAGUGCGUCCUUCAAAUUGUGAUUUGCUUUUAAAGACUUGUUGCAUCGUUAGUGUGGAAAAUAGACCAGUAUCAAUCUUAGCUCUUCGAUGGCGUAGAAGUUUUUAAGUGUGAUUUGCCUCACGUACCGAUCCGUAUUUGGCAGCUAAUGACGUAAAUGACCGUUAAGUUCUCUUUGUCUGGGAAAAUAAAAGGUUUUAUUGUAUCCGCAUGUAUUUUAAACUUUGGGAUAAUUCCAUCGAACUGUGAUGACAGCACAUUUAAAAAUCGAUCUUUUCCUUUUAAUCAGAAAUGAUAUUUGCUAUGGUAGCACUCGUUAUCGGCACCGAUCUUAGUGAUUUCACAUCCUGUUUUGUACAUCAGAUUUCAAGAUUAUAGCGUUUAAGUUUGUACAAUUGUGUUUAUGUAAAAAAUAACUUGGUCUGAAGAGGUGAUGUAUGUAUACUUUUGACAUAUGAUCCAUAGGGAAAUAUUAGAUUCUACUGAUAAUAUUGUUAAGUAGUUACAAAUAUAUCAGACUUAUUUUUUACGGAGCUAUACAUGCCUUUAUUUAUUACCUAUCUGACCACCAAAUCGAUGUACUAUGUAGUUAAAUAUUUGUAGACCGAUUUCACAAAUCAACUAUGGUAUUGUGACAAAGCUUAAAAUAAAUGUUUACUGAAACUUUGC